AUGAACCUACAAGCUCUUGCCACGCUCUUCGCAGCACUGGUCACCUGUGCUAUUGCAACCGUCGAUCAUGACAAAAUCCAGCCCUUUCCUCAACCCGAACCGGUCACAAUUUCUGAAAAAGCUGCCAUCAAGUUCAAGCCACAACUGUACAUCCCAGAGGGCGUGUGCGUGUCGUAUCCUGCUGUGAAUGAUGCCGGUGAAACCACUGGAGGUCUCAAGGGUUCGAAUGGCAACGACGCGUGCAAGUCUGCCCCUUUAGGGUCCCAGGUCUAUGGUCGAGCUGGGUGGUAUAAGGAUGUAUGGGCCAUCAUGUACGCUUGGUACUUCCCGAAAGGUUUUUGGGUUGGUUUCCCUACACGUCGCCAUGACUGGAAGAGUGUCGUUGUGUGGAUCGACAAUCCCGAUCUGGAGGUGCCUAAGAUCGUAGGAGUCUCCAUGUCCAAGUCCGACACAAAGUACGACAAGCGGCUCGAACUGUUCGCAUCCGAUUUUGCCGGUUUCCAAAUGAUGGGCCAGGGACGCUUUCGCACUUACACCUAUGGUUCCAACACGUCUCUCCGCUUUGGAUAUCAGAUGGAGCUGGGCUCCCCGUAUUUGAAUUUUGGCGUUAGGGAUGGCGAGUACCAGGACUUGAUCAUGUGGGAACAGCUCACGGACGCGGCUCGCGCUGCUUUAAAUGACGACAACAAUUUUGAGAAAGCGGAGGUUCCGUUCAGUGACGAACACUAUGAAGACCACUUGGACAAGGCAUGGCCGCUCUAG